AGCUGCGUGCUGCAGGACGGCGAGGUCUUCGAGAAGGCCGGAGUGAACGUGUCCGUCGUGUUCGGGCUCCUGUCCGAGGAGGCGGCGCGGCAGAUGCGAAGCAGGGGCAAGUCUCUGAAGGCCAAGGACGGGAAACUGCCUUUUUGCGCCAUGGGCGUGAGCUCAGUUAUCCAUCCAAAGAACCCUCAUGUUCCAACCAUGCACUUCAACUACAGAUACUUUGAAAUUGAAGAAGCAGAUGGAACCAAACAGUGGUGGUUUGGUGGUGGGACUGACCUCACUCCAACGUACUUGAAUGAAGAGGAUGCUGUUCAUUUUCACAAGACUCUGAAAGAAGCCUGUGACAAGCAUGAUCUGAAGCUGUAUCCCAAGUACAAGAAAUGGUGUGAUGACUACUUCUACAUCAAGCACCGUGGGGAGCGGAGGGGCAUCGGAGGCAUCUUCUUCGACGACGUGGACUCUCCCUCCAAGGAGGAAGUAUUCCAGUUUGUGAAGAGCUGUGCCAAAGCUGUUGUGCCUUGUUAUGUUCCCAUUGUGAAGAGGCACUGCCAGGACUCCUUCACACCAGAGGAGAAGCUGUGGCAGCAGCUCCGGAGAGGACGGUAUGUAGAGUUCAACUUGGUUUAUGACAGAGGUACAAAGUUUGGCCUCCUGACACCAGGAUCAAGGAUUGAAAGCAUUCUCAUGUCUCUGCCACUGACUGCAAGGUGGGAGUACAUGCACACCCCUCCAGAGAGCUCGAAAGAAGCCGAAAUCCUGGAGGUUCUGCGCAAUCCCAAGGACUGGGUGCACUGAGAGGGACGGUGAAGAAGAUGGGUUGCUUACACUGAGCCAUGAUGGAGGAACACAAACGCCUGCACAGCAGCUUGUUCCAACCGCUGCUGCACGGCGUUUCAGCACAGACGUUUAUUCUCUCCCCUGGUGCCUUAAUAAUGCUGUAGACUUGCUAGAAUGUGAACUUGCAAAUGUGUGAACUCGUUAUUUAUGGUUGAUGAGCUGAUGUUGUCACCCCCUGGUGAUGUUGCCUCGUGAAGGGCUGGCAGUACCCUCACAG